CAGGCUCUGAGCUGUCAGCACGGAGCCCGACGCGGGGCUCGAACCCACGAACCGCGAGAUCAUGGUAGGCCGAAGCGGGACGCUCAGGCGCCCCGGGAGUUUAAGACUUUAAAAAAUAAUGUUGGUACUUUUUUCUCUUAUAAAUGUAAAAUGUGUUCAGCGCAGGCAGUCUGGAGCAUCUUGAUCCACAGAUUCAGCUGAAAAUCUUCCAUGAUCUCAUCAGCAGGAGACAGUCACUGUUAGCAUUUUAGUAAAUUUCUUCUGGUCAGUAAAUGUAUGUCGAGUUUUGGUGCAUCUUAUUUGUAUUUCCUUUAAAAAGCAAGUUGGGAGUGUGCUACUCAAAGCCAUUACAGUCCAUCACACACAGGGUUCCUUAACGUGAGUUAUUUUGUUCCAUGCGGGGUUUUUCAGCUCGCCCCUGAGAAUUUUGUUUUCGUCCUCACUCUGCCCUGGUGGCAUUACCUCUGGGCAGUGGACCGUGUGGCGCCUCUACUGGACAUCUGAACAGAGACUCUGGGGGCCUUUGUCCACCUCUCCCUCCAGCGUAGUGGGAGGGGCGGCCGUGACUGCAGGUCUGAGGGGCACUGGAGGGACCCCAGUGGCCCCGAUUUGCCGCUUCCUAGGUGUGCCAUCCAUGUUGGGCAAGCUGCUGUGCCUUAUCACUUUCUGUAAUGGGUGCCGGAUGCGUUAAAAAAAAAAGGUGCUAUGAUGUUUAAAACGUCCGUCACAAGGUAAUUAAACUUUUUUUUUGUUCUCUACUUUUUCCCGAAAUUCCUCCAGAACUGGAGGCCACGUGGAACUGCGGGUUACGAGGCCGGCUGCACCUUCCUUCUGGAGAGAAACCUGAGAGCCGCGGCGGGAGAGGUGCUGUGACGCAGGGGCCGCCCAGGGACGCGCUGCCGCCCGGUUCAUUUGGGCCGAUCGUACAGACAUUAUUGUGGUUUAAAUUCCACUCCAUCUGGAAGUAGACUGUCGUAAUGGACGAGUCCACAGAUCCUCGUUACCCACAAUUGAGCCUCCUCAUGUGAUACGAGAAAGGAGCUCCUGGAGCCCCAAACUUGUCAGCGUGACAGCCCCAGCCACCGCCUCGCAGUGGAGCUCUGGGACAGACCUGGAAGAGGGUCAGGGUGGGGCAGAUCUCAGAUGUGCAGCUCCUCUGGCCUGGGCAGCAGAAGGUAACCAUGUUACAGGAGGCAUUCUCAUUUGAGGAUUUUUCUGUGGACUUCACCCAGAAGGAAUGGCAACUCCUGGACCACAGCCAGAAGGACUUAUACAAGGACGUCAUGCUGGAGAACUAUAGCAGCCUAGUUUCACUGGGGUAUGAAAUUAUGAAACCUGAUGUCAUCUUCAAGUUGGAGCAAGGAGAAGAGCCAUGGGUAGGAGAUGGAGAAGUUCCAAGUGUAGACUGUUCAGAACAUGUCUGGCAAGGAAAUGGUCACGUGGCAUGGUACCAGGAGGACCAGGAGAAGCUUAGAAAUCUGAAACAGGAUCACGAAUGUGAUGCAUUUGGAAAAAAACUCAAUCUGAGCAUGAACUUUGUUCCUUUAAGGAAAUCAAACAGUGAAGAUAAUGUAGACGGAUUAUUUUUAAAACAUCACUUAGAUUUACUUAUUCCAAAAGCAGAUUAUGGAAAAACAGAACCAGAUGGCUUAAGUGUAUUUGAUAAGUUGUUUCUCCAUACCAAGCCUGAGGACACGGAUACUUGGUUAAAAUACUAUGAAUAUGAUAAAUAUGACAAAGUUAGCUCUAAGAAAUCACAGAUUAUCAUAUUUCACCGAAAUCGCCUAGGGGAGAAACUCUAUGAAUGCAGUGAAUGUAGGAAACGCUUUAUUAAGAGAUCAAGUCUCAUUAAACAUCAGACCAGACACAUAAGAGAGAUAGCCUAUGGCUGUGGUAAGUGUGGCAAAACCUUUCCCCAGAAGUCACAGUUUGUUACACAUCACAGGACUCACACAGGAGAGAAACCUUACAAUUGUAGCCAGUGUGGGAAAGCCUUCUCCCAAAAGUCACAGCUCACAUCCCAUCAGAGGACACACACGGGAGAGAAACCAUAUGAGUGUGGUGAAUGUGGGAAAGCCUUCUCCCGGAAGUCCCAUCUUAUAUCACACUGGAGGACACACACAGGUGAGAAACCCUACGGGUGCAGCGAAUGCGGAAGGGCCUUUAGUGAGAAGUCAAAUCUUAUUAAUCAUCAGAGAAUUCAUACAGGAGAGAAACCUUUUGAAUGCAGAGAAUGUGGAAAAGCCUUCAGCAGGAAAUCACAACUCGUUACACAUCACAGGACUCACACAGGAACAAAACCCUAUGGGUGUAAUGAUUGUAGAAAAGCCUUCUUUGAGAAAUCAGAGCUCAUUAGACAUCAAACAAUUCAUACUGGAGAGAAGCCCUAUGAAUGCAGUGAAUGUCAGAAGGCAUUCAGAGAGAGGUCGAGUCUCAUUAACCAUCAGAGGACUCAUACAGGAGAGAAGCCUCAUGGGUGCAUUCAGUGUGGGAAAGCCUUCUCCCAGAAGUCACAUCUCAUAUCCCAUCAGAUGACACACACAGGAGAGAAACCCUUUGUAUGCAGUAAGUGUGGGAAAGCCUUUAGCAGGAAAUCUCAGCUUGUUAGACAUCAGAGAACUCACACAGGAGAAAAGCCCUAUGAAUGCAGUGAGUGUGGGAAGGCUUUCAGUGAAAAGUUAAGCCUUACUAAUCAUCAGAGAAUUCACACAGGAGAAAAGCCCUAUGUGUGUGGUGAGUGUGGGAAGGCCUUUUGUCAGAAGUCACACCUCAUAUCACAUCAGAGGACUCAUACAGGAGAGAAGCCCUAUGAAUGCACUGAAUGUGGGAAAGCUUUUGGUGAGAAGUCGAGUCUUGCAACUCACCAGAGAACUCAUACAGGAGAGAAACCAUAUGGGUGCAGGGAUUGUGAUAAAGCCUUCUCCCAGAAGUCACAGCUCAAUACUCACCAGAGAAUCCACACAGGAGAGAAACCCUAUGAAUGCAGUCUUUGCAGGAAAGCAUUCUUUGAGAGAUCGGAGCUAAUUAGACAUCAGAGAACUCAUACAGGAGAAAAACCUUAUGAAUGCAGCGAAUGUGGAAAAGCCUUCAGGGAGAAGUCAAGUCUCAUCAAUCAUCAGAGAAUACAUACAGGAGAGAAACCCUUUGAAUGCAGCGAAUGUGGAAAAGCCUUCUCUCGGAAAUCACAUCUCAUACCACAUCAGAGAACACACACUGGGGAGAAGCCCUAUGGAUGCAGCGAAUGUAGGAAGGCCUUCUCUCAGAAGUCACAGCUUGUUAAUCACCAGAGAAUUCAUACAGGAGAGAAACCUUACCAAUGCAAUGAAUGUGGGAAAGCCUUCUCCCAAAAAUCACAGCUCAUUAAUCAUCAGAGAACUCAUACAGUACAGAAAUCCUAGGAUUGGAGUUACUAUUAGUCUUUGACAGAGAUCUUACCUCUUUGUACUUCAGAAAAUGCAAUUAUGAUAAACCUUUCAAAUAAAUAGUCACAUCACAUUAUAGGUCUGAGUAGCCUUCUAGGAUAGGAACUCUUACAUGAGGUUAUAUAGGGAAAGCUUUCAGCCGAUUAACAUGCUUAUAUAAGAACUCAUAGAGUAGAAUGAGCCUAUGAGAUGCAGUGGGUUUUAGAAGCUUGGCAAACAUACACUAGGAAAUUAUUAGCAAAGACAAAUUCUGUGAACAUCGGAAAGCCUUGCAGAGGCCAUAUCUCAGAGCUGUUGGAAAUACUGUCCACUGGGGUAAACCCUAGUCCAGCAGAUGAAGAAAAAUCCGAUGAAUGCGGCAAGUGAGGUAAUAUUUUCAUCAGGAAAUCACAGCUCAUUGUGCAUUAAGAAAAUAUCCUCAGGAAUGAAGCUCUGUGAAGAUACUAAAUAUGGGACACUCUUCAGCAGGUAAUCCAACCAUAUUGUUUGGGGAGGGAAUUAUAUUGUGGGUAAAUCUAAUGAUUGAAUUAAAUGGGAAACAUGCCCCUAGAAGUAAGGCUGUAAAGGGAAGCCAUACAUUUUUUUAAAGACAUGAUUAUUAAAAAUACCCAAUGCUAAUGAUUGAGUCGUUCACUCUAAAGUAUGAAGUUUUAAAAACGUGAAUAAAUUGAAUCAUCAAAACAUCUAAAUAAGACAUUUCUCGGUAUUUAUGGUUUAUUUUCCUGUGUCACACUGUCUCUCAUAUUUUGGAAUCACAUGUGAUGAUGUAAUGGUGAGCAUGAAACACACAUACCUUGUAAUAGUGCCUCUGAUGUCAGGACAUAACCACAUGCCACUGGCUUUCCUGUUCUAGUGAUACUGUUAAAAUGGUGAUUGAUGUAACAUGUCUUAUUGCUAAAUAUGCAGCUUAAGUAAUAACACUGCAUUUUCCCCCCUUAUGGCUUGUUGGCAUAUAAAAGGGGUCUGUGGUUACUGAUGUUCUCUUCCAUUAUAAAAGCCAACAUAUAAAGUCUGCAAUCUGCGAAUCAGAAACAAUUUAUCUAAAAUCUGGUUAAUAACUAUUAAAAGACAGGAACACGAAACUGCAAUAGUGACUCAUGAUGCACUGAGUGAGCAAAAGAAAGGUGUUGGACUCUAUCACACAGCACUCAAGCUAAAUGGCAGUAGUGCUGUCCAAGUGUUGUUCGUAUCCAGUUUGGUCCCUUUGUGCAUCCAGUGUACAUACUUCAAGUGGUGUGUGUCAAGUACGGCGUAUAUUUAAGUUACUCUGAUGAAAUAUGCAGUAUGCUAUUAUGUUUUUGGUGUUUCAUAAAAUAUUUUGUGGAAAAACUAGGGAGAAAUUGAAGAGUCAUUGUUUCAGAAAAUGUAUAGAUUUUUUGUGCUGAUGUACUCAACGAAGCCUGUUGUACUCCCUGUACAUCUCUGUGGUGACUGGACAAGUGUUAGGAAAUAGGCCUUCCACUGCCUCAUCAUUUGAAGUGUCUCUGCUUUGCCUUUCUUCACCAGCUGUACCCUGCACACGGUAGCUCCCGUUGUGAACGUCUCAUUGUCAGGCUCACUUUUACAAUGCAUGAACCACCCCUUCGGUCAGGUAGAACUUGGCAGGAUCUUCAUAAUGGUCCUUGACAAAGUCUGCAGUAUUCUUUGUGUGAUGGCAAAAUUCAGAAAAGUCCUGACCUCGAUUCCAGACUUGGGAAAAUCAAGGCUUCUUUUAUGUACAGGUUGCUUUUUCAGCACCUUUGAGUCUCUCAGUAUUCUUUCCUAUAAUUAUCAACUUCAUAGCAUUGUUGAAAAAUUGGUACUUCAAUGGGAAUAGUUUUCUAAUUCACUGCCCCAGGAUGGUAAUUUUUAAAAUAUCUCAUUUCCCAAGUUUUUAUUCAUGCUCAAAUAUAUGAACUUCCUGCUUUUCUCCCUCAAACUUGAACGUGAUUUUAUCAAUGUCAUUUGUAGGAGAAUUGUUAUAGGGUGAUGUUUUACUUUGAAGAUUUUCUCAUUUUUAAAAUUUCAUCUAUCCUGAUUCUCUUUACUAGUCCCAGAGAUUGAUUCACUAGUUCUUGGAUUGAGUUUAGAGUCUGUUGUCUAAAAAUGACCCAAUUCUUCUCACUUCAAUUCUGGAUUGUUCCAUUUCCUACUAAGCAUUUAAACCCAGUAGUUUCCUCACUAGAUAACUGAACUUUGGCAUUAGCCUACUGGUCGAAUACCAAAGAGCAAAUAUUUUCCCCUAAGGGUCAUGUGUCAGUCAUAGGGAGGGCUAAUGCUGGCAACAGAGGUCUUGUGUAUCAGAAUACCUUAUGUGUACACCCAGGUAUGUUGUGUAGAACUUACUGGUACUCUUUCUGAAGAAGGGUCUUUGAUUCUGCAAUUAGAUAUUUUUAGUGUCCAUGCUUUAAAUUACCUUGGUACCUUGGUAAACCAUAAAAAACCUGAGUCCCCACAUUUCCCCUCAUUGGUUCCUACCACAAAUCCCACAUCAAGAAGAAAGCCAGUUUUGAGGUUAAGAGGGAUUUACUUGCAGCCUUAGGGAGCACAGGAGGUUAUGUUGGUAGAAUGUAUAGGGGGAGCAUCCCCUCCUCAUUCAUCGCCCAGGUUUUCCCACUGUCCUGGAAGACAGUCCUGCCAAGGACAAUUCUACUGUCUUACUAAGUAAUGGAUCAUUUGGAGAUCAAGUCUGUGACUCUUGGGGAGUGCCUUUCUGUAGCGUUUCUUUGUGCGCUUUUGUAACCUGACGCCAUCCUUCCUCUGUGGGUCCUUAUGUUCUGCAUAUUUUGAUGUCAUCACUUGUAGAAUGAAGGUGAAGUAAACCCAGAGAAUAUCCAGUUUAUCUAGCAAUACCUGUACCAAUAGAAAAAUACAGGUCAGUGGGCAUUUGGGAGCUAUACAUGAGACUUCUCUCAUUUGCCAUUUGUUCCAGCAGUAUAUACCAGGUUGUCAGUUCUGCUGGGCUCAUGAGUCUACAGAUAUGGUACCGACAAGCCGCCAGAUGUUCAGCACCUAGUCUGGCCUAAGUGCUGAUGAGAGACCCCAACCAUGGCCCUUGUAGCAGUGUGUAUAACUUUUUGCACCUUGCCUUCAUUCUGUUUUAGUCCAUUUUCCACAUAGUAGUUAUUUACACAUAGUAGUUUUUAACUGCAUUUUAAGAUGCAGUUCCGAUUAUACACGUCUGUGUUAAAAUAGCAGGUUGCUAAUUGUGGACUUAAUGAGGACUUCUGUACAAAUCCAGCCCAUCCAUCAUUUCUGAAGAUCUUUCCUCCUGCACAGUACUUUUUGGCCGCCUUGAACUACUUGCAGUUCCUUGAGAUUUCUGCAGCCUCAUUCCUUUUACAGAUUUCCUGUCACUGAAAUGCCCAUGAUCCUCAUUAAUGCCUGUCCAUCCUUCUUGAAGCUGCACAUGUGUUUGUCACUGUGGUAAUACAGUCAUCAUGUGUCUUGUCUUCUCCAAUAGAAAGCUUCUGGAGACCUAGGACUAUCUUGUUUGUCCAUACAGUUUUAGCAACUGAGGGUGUGAUCUACGAAUGUGGGUGUUCUCAGUGGCCACUUUCUACCACAUAGGGAAGAGUAGUCUGCAAUGAGGGAGAAGGGGGAAGCCUGGAAGCUUGUUCCAGGGCCUGGUUCUUGUCCGACUGCCCUGAUUCACCUCUGCCCUUUUCCUGCCUUGAUUGUUGCAUUCUUUUGUGAGAUAUCCCAAAUACCCUUCUAAUAAAUUCUCAUGCUUGCUUCC